AUGUCAAUAGACCUAAACUGGGAGACGCUCACGACCGGGCCAGAUGGGGAGGCCCUGGCUCUCCGUAUCCGCGAUUUCAUCCACACAAAGUUUCAGGCCGUACCCUUGCCGCGCUUCAUCAAGUCGGUCAAAGUACACGACUUCGAGUUCGGCGCUAUCGCUCCGGAGCUGGAGCUUAAAGACAUCACCGACCCCUUGCCGGACUUUUACGAAGACAACUCCGACAUUGAGGAUGACGAGGACGAAGAGCAGGCUCUCGACGAGCCGCCUCAGUUGCAACACUUCCCCAAGAGCGAGCUGAGCGCCGGUGAGAGGAGGAGACAGCGCGAGGAAGCGUCGAUGCCGCCGAGGCUCAGCAUGCACGCCCUCAGGGGCCAGUCCGGGGACUUUCCCAGCCCGUUCCUGGGUGUCUCUACGCCGGGCAUCUUGGGUGGCACGUCGAACCUCCACUAUUUCCAGUCGCACCUCGGCACGGGGUGGUCGGGAACGCAGACACCACUCGCGGCGGUGGCCGGGGCGCACAUGGGCAGCAGGCUCGACUCGUCGGCCAUCAUGUCGCCCGCGGGUUCACCGCCGCCGCCGAGCCACAGCCGGAACCCCUCGCAGAGCUCCAUCUCCGUGAGCGAUUUCAACCCGACACUGGCGCAGCUGCGCGAGAAGUCGAGCGUGUCGACGCUGGCCCCGACAUCGGCAGGGGCCUCGAGGCCACCAACUAGGGAUACGCACCUAGCCGGGUCGGCGAUCCAGGAGGAGGACGAAGAUGGGCAGGAGCACGGGGAGGGGGAGGAGGAAGGGGACGCGCCGCGGUUCAGGGAGCCGAGGCCGGAGGACUUGCAGGCGGUGUUUCGGAUCCGAUAUGCCGGGGAUGUACGGCUGCGGCUGACGGCGGAGAUUUUACUGGACUAUCCGAUGCCGAGCUUUGUGGGGAUCCCGGUACAGCUGAGUGUUACGGGUCUGACGUUCGACGGGGUUGGGGUGAUGGCACACAUUCGCAAGAGGGUACACUUCUGCUUCUUGAGCCCCGAGGACGCGGCCACGGCGGUGGGCGCGGACGACGCGGGUCCCAGCGAGCCGGGGAAAAGGUUUGGCGGGCUGUUGCAGGAGAUCCAGGUCGAGAGCGAGAUUGGGCUCAGAGAUGGCGGGAAGCAGAGUCUUAAGAACGUGGGCAAGGUGGAGAGGUUCGUGCUGGAGCAGGUGAGGAGGAUAUUCGAGAACGAGUUCGUGUAUCCCAGCUUCUGGACAUUUUUGGUCUGA